AAAUUAAAUUAGUUGAUUUUGUGCAUCCGUCGAUCGAAGUCGACCGUCACCGUCUUCUUUAUAAUUCGCCUUCUGUGACAAAACCAAAGACCAUCAUGGCAAUAUCUGGAAUCUUUAUUUAUCUUCUAACCACACUAAUUGCAGUACUGGUUUACUAUUUCAUACAGCAUUUUUCUUUCUGGAAACGUCGUGGAAUUCCACAUGAUCUACCAGUUUUUCCAUAUGGCAACUUGAGAGGUAUUGGGAAAACGCAUCAUCUCAGGCAAAUAAUGAAAGCCUACUAUGAAAGAUACAAAAAGUCUGGACCAUUUGGUGGUUUCUUUUUUUUUCUCAAUCCAGCUGUUGUCAUUUUUGAUCUUGAUUUGGCAAGAGAUAUUCUUAUAAAAGAUUUCAAUAAUUUUAUGGAUCGUGGAUUGUUUUAUAAUGAACGUGAUGAUCCAUUAACCGGGCAUUUGUUUGCCUUGGAUGGAACAAGAUGGAAGAACUUGCGACGCAAAUUGUCACCAACUUUUAGCUCAGGCAAAAUGAAGGGAAUGUUUCCUACGGUCUUAUCAGUUGGAGAUCAGUUGCACGAAGUUUUUGACAAAUCGGUUACCAACGAUCCAGUUAUUGAAGUUAAAGAUGUUUUGGCCCGAUUUACUGUGGAUGUUAUUGGAACGUGUGCCUUUGGUAUCGAUUGCAAUAGUUUGAAAGAUCCAAAUGCCGAAUUUCGAAUUGCUGGUGCAAAAGCAUUUGCAAAGACUCGCCAUAGCAAGCUCAUUACUGGUAUAAUAUUUAGUUUUCCUCGAUUGGCUAGAAAAUUGGGCAUUCGAUUUAUUCAUGAGGAAGUUCAUCAGUUUUAUACACGAGUUGUUUAUGAAACUGUUGAAUAUCGGGAGAAGAAUUCCAUUAAACGAAAUGAUUUUAUGAAUUUGUUGAUUGAGUUGAAGAAUUCAGAAGAAGGCUUGACUUUAAACGAAGUUGCUGCACAAUCGUUUGUGUUCUUUUUGGCUGGUUUUGAAACUUCAUCGACUACAAUGGGAUUUGCUUUGUACGAAUUGGCAUUGAAUCAAGUUGUGCAAGAUCGGUUGAGAGCUGAAAUUAAUGAGCAAUAUUCGAAACAUGGAGGAAAGUUUACUUACGAUGCAAUGAAUGAAAUGCAUUAUAUGGAAAUGGUUAUGAAAGAAACAUUGAGGAAAUAUUCCGUUGUAACAAACUUAAUUCGAAGGCCAAUCAACGACUAUCCCACUUCUGAUCCAAAGUAUAUUAUUCCAAAACGCACAAUGGUAUUGAUUCCUGCUGAUGCUAUUCAUCGUGAUCCCGAUAUAUAUCCUGAUCCAGAGAAAUUCGAUCCGGAGCGAUUUAGUCCGGAAGAAUUGCAAAAACGUCAUCCCAUUACUUGGUUGCCUUUUGGUGAUGGGCCAAGAAAUUGUAUUGGUUUGAGAUUUGGAAAGAUGCAAACAUACAUUGGUCUCAGUAUAUUGCUGAGGCAUUUCAAGUUUCAUUAUUCAGAGAAAACACCAAAUCCACUGGUGCCGGAUUUGAAAAAUUCAUUAAUGUCUUCGAAGGGAGGGAUUUUCUUGCGAGUGGAACGUUUGAAGAUAGAUUAAUCAUGUAACUGUAAGGAAGGGCUAGUUUUAAGAAAGAUAUACUUUUAAGACAAAUAAAAUAAAGUAGAAUUAAUAAGAAAUUUGUGAAA